AUGGGUUUAGAGUAGUUUUGGAAGAUAUAUGCAAAGUGGGGUUGCAUGUAAGAGAAAUGUUAGAUGCAAGAGAAAUGUUAGAUGCAAUGGGAUGGACUGAAUUAGUAACUAGAAAGGUGAGGGUUUACCCGCAAUUGAUUAAGAUUUUUUAUGCAAAUUUGAGUGACUCGGAGGAUGGAGGGUAUAAAACAACGGUUCUUAGGAAGACUUUUGAGUUUGAUGCUGAAACCAUAAAUGAUGUUUUGCAUUUGCCAAAUGAGGGAGCCAGGGAAUUGCAUGCAUUUAUAGAGGAAUCAGCAAAGAAAUCUAUCAUGGGGGAUGAGUGGAAUGAGGGACAAACAUUAAGCAUUCACCACUUGAAUUUGGAGAAUCGGGGUAGAUCAACACUCGCACUGGUGUAUGGCACUCUGAUCACGUUACUUAUGGAAAAUGCGGGUGUUGAUUUGCGUGGUAUGGAGUCCCGAGACUUAUACCGUCAUGAGCUUCUGAACGACAGUUCACUGAACAAAAUGGGGUAUGUAUUCAAUGCAAGAACAAAUUCGUGGGAAAUGAAGCAGAGAAGGAGAAGAGGAGGACAAGAUGAUGAAGGUGAGGGGUUUGAUGAUGAAGAACAUGCCGAAGAAACUGAAGAAGCAGGUCCCUCACAAGCUGCUUCAUCUCGAGUUCCUCAAAGAUUAAGCACACAGAGAAGAAUGCAGCUCAUUCUCGAGAGACUUACACGGAUUGAAUCGAAGCUCAAUGAUCACAUUCACGAGUGUCAGAUGGCAGCACCUAUAGGUCUUCGAGGGACAAGAAGAGAUCCGUCUACUGCUAGCACAUCCUUCGAACAGCAACCACCUGAUUCCUUUUCACAUCCGGACGCAUAAAUCCGGAUGUUGCAGUUGUUGAUGCCUGUUAAAUUCUCGUUUUAGUGUAUGAACACUGUUUGGAAGGUUUUAUUAAUGUUCUGACUUUUUAUAUACUUGAAUAUGUACGUAUAAUAUUGAUAGUAGAUGCAGUUUUAAUAGAAAUGAGCAUAUCAUAAUUGUGAUGAUUUUGUUUGGUUGAUUAUGUUCUUGAUGUGCUUCCAUUGAUGGCGAGCAAUUUGGUAGUUCAUAGUGUGCUUGAAUGGCAAUGUGUGGUUCUUGUUUUAAAGUUUGAUGUGCAUGUUAGUUUUUAAUGGAUCAUUAGUAUUUUUUACAAUUUGUGAUUGUAUAUAGAAGGAUUUUGAAGUUUAUUUGAUAGUAAUGUAUGUCUCAUACUCCAUUCAAUACAGAUUAUACCAUUGA